CCGACUAGUGGGCAGCUGGGCGCCGCUGUUCUCCCUACACGCGGACCUCGCCGUCUCCACCUCGUACAGUCCCACCCCGCCGUACAGCCGGCCGAAACUUGCACCACCUCGUCGCAACCAGCAUGACCCUCGGAUAUUUAAGCACUCCUCAAGUCCCCGGCGAGGGUCGCAUGUGUGAGUGGAAGAGGCCAGAGGGUGAGAUUGAUGGAUACGGGAGGCGGCUGCAGCGCCGCCGCUGCCGGAGUGGAGGAGGAAGCGGCGCAGAGGGAGCGGGAAUGGGAGGAGGCCGCGGAGGCGGUGGCGUACGACUCCUGCACCUGUCCGCCGCCCAUCGUCGCGGUGUGCGGCCCGGGUAACAGCGGCAAGUCCGCCUUCUCCCGCAUCAUGCUCAACACCCUCAUCGCAAGGUACAGAAAUGUCGGAUACCUGGAUAUUGAUGUUGGUCAGCCUGAAUUCACUCCUCCAGGGUUUGUGUCACUUCAUGUAUUUGAGGAACAGACUAAAGAUUUGACAAUUCUGUAUCUGCGCAAUCCAAAGAGGUGCUUCUUUUUCGGCGAUGCCUGUGCAAAAAGAAACCCAAAACUUUUCUUGACCUACAUAUUUGACCUUUAUGACUAUUUCCUCAAAGAGUUCUAUUGCUUUCGUGAUGUUGAUAAUCCCAAGAAAUCAGCUAUACCACUUGUUAUCAAUACAUCAGGAUGGAUAAAAGGUACUGGGCUUCAUGUGCUAACUGAGAUGUUGAAAUAUGUAUCCCCAACUCAUGUUAUUCGGGUAUCUACAACAGUAGAGCAUAAAAAUUUACCAUGUGGAACGUUUUGGAUGAAUAAAUUUGAUGAAUCUCCACCUGUUAAUUUAUUCAAAAUUCGUGCAGCACAUAAUUCUCCUUGCAGUUUGUUAGUAAAGAAAGAGGCAAGGAUUAUUCGAGAACUCAGGCUGACCGCUUACUUCAGGCAGUGCUUACCUAGAGACUUCAACAUCUUCAGUUUGAGUGAUUUAAUUCAAGGCUUUGCUUCUGUACAUCCGUUUCAACUUCAUCUGUCAAAAAUACAUGUUAUUGAUCUACACUGCCAGGUUUCUCGAACUGAUGCGCAUCACUUCUUGAAUGGUACAAUUGUUGGUCUUUCAACCAGUGCCUCUCCUCCUCUAUCAACUGAAAGUUCCACUCCUUGCUGCAUUGGACUGGGGUUUAUCAGAGCUGUAGAAAUUUCAGAAGACUGCAUUCAUUUGAUCACACCAAUUUCUCACAAGCUCAUGGAAAAGGUCGACAUCAUUUUUCAAAGCUGUAUUGCAGCUCCUAGUUGCCUCUUGCAGGUGUCUGGUAUAUUAAGCGACAUAACAGACAGGCUGCUGAAGAUCUAGAUCUUCGAAUAUGCUUACAAAUAUAAUCAUUAGGGAUGGAAACUGUACAAUUAUUAGUUGUGGCAAUGAACAAUCAAAAUAGAGAUGCCAGAAACCAGUACACCUUUAACCUGUAUGGAAUAUGAGUUUCAUCAUGUAUUAGCUGAAUUCACCUGAAGAGUAAAGAGAUUUGAGAUUUGAUGUUACAAUCAUACAGCACAAAAUGGUACCUAAAAAUAUCGUUUUUUGCUGGUUAA